AUGACCAACCAAACCCAGGCCGCCGGCUGGCUUGGGGUUGCCAUCCUGCCUCUUUGUAUCUUUCUCUUAGUAUCAUAUGCGGUCCUGCCUGCGAAAUGGACGAAUCGUCACUAUCUGAGCAUAUGUUUCACACUGGGAAUCUGCUGCAUCGAGAUUGCUUUCAUCAUCCCUCUAGGGAUUAAGCCGGAGCAGUGUUUCAAUGCAAUUACGCCGAACGAUAUGUACUCGGAUGUCGCGUGUGCUUUCACUGGCUCGUUACUCCUGUUCGGCGGCUGGGUAGCCGUGUCGUGGAGUUUCAUUCGUACUUUGGCUUUCCACCUUCAGGUUUGUUGGGAGGUCAUGCUGGGGACGAAGUUCAUGUGGGGCGCCUUCAUCUUUGGCUGGGGCAUCCCGAUUAUCGGGUUGACUGUCAUGCUGUGCUUGACGGGGGUGUCCUACCGAUUCGGAGGGACAUGUCAUAUCAACGUGCACAACAGCAACCGGGACUACUGGGCUCCCGUGGUGGCCUUCUCUGCGGCAGCAUUGGUCCUGCAGUUGGCCACGAUGCUGUACUGUAUCCACGUCUACGUGAAAUCGGUCUUCGACAAGAACCCCACGACCAACAGCUCGGGUCUGCCGUCCUACAGCGCCAGCGUGCGCACCAUGACCGCCCGGCAGGCCUACCGCCGCGUCCGCCGCGUCAUCCAGCUGCAGUGGCGCAGUGUCACCCUGAUCCUGAUCAUCAUCGGUAACGUCAUCUUCUUCGCGGUGGUCUUCAUCAAGAUGGACAACAAACUGGCCAUGACGCCCGCCAACGCCGAGCUGUUCCUCCCUUGGGUGGCAUGCCUGGUCGCCACGGAGGGCGACAAGCAGAAGUGUUUCUCCGAGGUGAAGCACGUGCUGCCCAACCAGGCCACCCUCCUGGCGGUGCUCAUUCUGUUGUCGCUGGUCGGCUUCUGGAACUUCAUUCUGUUUGCGCGACCGUCGAUGUUUUUGGGAUGGGCCAGCCUCUUCAAGACGAAAGUCUCGCACCCCAACGAGUUCGUCUCCGCGGACGCCCGCCGCACGCCGGACUCGCGCGCCUACGAGAUGCUCGACAGCUCCGGGGCGCCGCCGCCCGCCUUCAAGACGCCGGAGCCGGUGAUUCGAUCGCCCAGCCCGGCGCGCACCUCGGGGGCCCGGAGCCCCGAGCACGACAGCUACAGCCAAGAGGCGCGAUACGUGAGCCCGACGAUGAGUUUCUCGUCGCCCCGGCCGCCGAGCGCGUCGCAGGCCCACGGGCGCGAGUGGGAUCCGCAAGCGACCUUUGCGCAAGCACACCCACGUAAUGGAUCCCAGUGA